AUGGUGUAUGGGGAAUACAUCGGCUACUAUUACAUGCCCACAGCGAUCCCGCUGGAGCUGAUGUCGCCGAAAGGCUACAGGAAGGCGAAGGAAAUUAUGAUCGAGCGGGCGCUACGCCAGUACAAGCAGCGACCAACUGGCGGCGACCCUGUACGUGUGUCGAUCGACAUGAAGGAACACGCGGCGGGCGAUACGCGGUUAGUAGUAUUCUCUCCGAGUCCAUCCAGCGAAGAAACAACAGCAAUGUACAAAUCGAAAACAAAGCGCCGUAACACAAUUGCAAGUCCGGGAAUCAUGACGGCCGCCGCGGCGAAACGGCCGUCCAUGUCCGACAUGUCAACGUCUUCCACGUCACCGACCGUACCGGGGAGCGGUGACGAGCUGGAUGGAAUACGUUACUGCUGUGUUCGAGCUGCUUGUUUGCUCCUCGCUGCGCACGCGGCAAAUUUGUUCACAUUUGUGGAGCUGGAAGAUGUACGAACCCCUACUAGCACAAGAGUUCAAACAACACUGGGAAAACCACAACCCAAUACUGCACGCAUACCACUUGUCAUUUGUCACGUGUUUUGCUGCAAGAGUCGUAAGGACGCCCAGUUCUUGGUCAAGGCAACGCAAGACAUAGCUCUACCACUUUCUCAGGACUCGUUGAGCGGCACGGCUUCACAGAAAAGGGAGGCAUGCGCCGAUUCUCUGACGACUGCGAGCCAUGACUCGUUCUCGCAGGCGUCCUCCUGCGACGAGGGUGAGGGCGACUCGAGCUCGGACAAUCUGCGUCAGAGAUCAUCCUCUCCGACUUCACUGACUAGCUCCAGCACAACGUCCAGCUUGCAAUCAAUGGAUGUGGCCACCGUGCAGAACCGGAUCGACAAGAAAUUCCGCGACAUGGGCCUCGUGUCGGAGUCUAUUAGUGUUGACAAUGACGUCACUGCCUCGGAGAAUCCCAGUGAAGACGAAGAAGACGCCGGAACACCGACUGCACUCAGCGGCGACGAGGAGAGCCUGGCUUCGCAAAGCGAAUACUGGUUCCAAGCGAAUGAAGCAAGUGAAGAUGGGGAUGCCACCUUGAAGUCAGCCGCAUCAGGACAUGAUCAUAGGCAGUCCCGAACAAGGACUAUAUCACUACCCGCCACACCACGACGGCUAGUAUCAGGAUCAGCAAGCUCAGCAUCCACCCAGGAGCUUGGGGAAAGCCCCUCAUCGUCGUCAUCAUCAAAACCCAUGCAGAGCAAAGCCUCCCUGUCCCGCAAGGGCGCGCGGAGAAGACGUGUCAGCAAACCAACGCAAAUCGCAACGCCCGAUGGACCCCUAGUGCCGUCUGACGCGGUGCCAUCCCUGGAAGGUUGGCUAACACCAUCCAAUAGCAUGGCCAGCGUAGAUGGUUCAUACGUGGCUCAUAGUCAGACGAGGCCUGCACACAGCUUUGACGUGAAGCGGCAGGGUUCUGCCAGUUCGGCAAGUUAUUUAACCGUGACCAGUGGUGACUAUACGAGUACGGGAGAGAAUGCGGCCUCCGCCACUUCUGAGCAGUAUGUGAUGGGCACGCCUGUCCACCUGUUGCAUUACCUGGGGUAG